CUGAUUUCUAUUGAUGUUAUAGAGUAAUUUAGAGUAUUCAAUUUAAAGUGAUUAUAAAAUUAAACGAUAAAGAUGAAAGGUCCUUAUAAGGCAAACAUUAAUGAUUUCAUGAAUGCUUCGGACGAAUCAGCUGCUGAAAGUGAUCAUUAUUCGAAUGAUGAGGUUGAUGAAGACGAUAACGUGGAAACUGAAAACGAUGACGGUGAUGAAAAUGAAAAAGCAGAAAAGGAAGCAAGAAAGAGUACUAUAGAAGAUAUGCACCUAACACUGGAUAAAAAAAGAAAAAAGGUUAUUGAUGAUAUCACAGAUACUGCACCAAAAAAAAAAAAGAAAUUUGAGAAAGAUCUGUAUAAGCCACCAACAGUUGAAGAAUUGAAUCAACUUAAAGAGACAGAAAAUUUGUUCAAUUCUAACUUAUUCAGGCUACAAAUAGAGGAAAUGCUAAAUGAAGUUAGAAUCAAGGACAAGUAUAAACAUCUGUUUAAUAGCUGGUUUGAAAAGUUAGAGAAGACUAUAAACUCGAUAAAAGAAACAGAGGAAUACCGGCUUUUAGGUAAAAAGUUAAAGAAAAAAAUGAAGGUUCGUAUUCCAAUGCCUAAGUUACCAAAGGAAAUGAAAGGAACAUUUAAAUUUCUUAAACCAUCCCAAAUUGCUAUCAUAGGGUCUUAUGCAUAUGAUGCUAUGAUUGGUCUAAACAUUACUGUGGAUGUAAUGAUUGAAAUGCCUGCAAAAAUGUUUCAAAAACAGGACUACCAGAAUUACAGAUACCUAAAAAAGAAAGCAAUAUAUCUAGCAUAUAUAGCAUCUAACAUUACUGAUGAUAUUGUAGAGGAGAAAAAGUUCAUUGGAGAUAGUUUAAGACCAAUGUUAAAAAUUGUACCAAGUGGCAAAUUGGGUACAAAGAUUAAUGUGUUGGUGCACAUAACAGCCCAAGAAGAGAGCUUUAAAUUAAAUAGAUUUCUGCCAGAGAAAAAUAGCAUCAGACCCGGAUGGUUUUUCCAACAGGAAACUAAUGAAGAUUUACCACCAACACCAUAUUACAAUAGUAUUAUUCUUCGUGAUUUGACAGCCUCGAGAAUAAAUUUGGAAAAUUUAAAAAUAAUAAAGGAAUAUCCAAACAUAAGAGAUGGUGUUAUAUUAUUAAAAAUAUGGCUAGCUCAGCGUGAAUUAAUGAAAGGUUUUGAAGGCUUCAAUGGAUAUAUCAUAACAAUGUUUGUUUUAUAUUUAUUGUCUAUUAAAAAAUUAAAUACAUUUAUGAGUAGCUACCAAAUAGUGAGAAAUGUGUGGUAUAAUUUAGUGCAAGUCAGUUGGAGUGAAACUGGAAUCACAAUGAGUUCAGAUGAACAUAGUAAAAAUAGAAUUGCAAAUUAUAAAAAUUAUUAUGACUGUGUAUUCCUCGACAGUACUGGCUACCAUAACAUUGCAGCAUAUGUAUCCAAAGCUACUUUCUCUUGGAUUCAAAAGGAAGCAGAUAUCUGUUUGCAUCAUUUGGAUAGUGCACAUGCUGAUAGUUUCCAAUCUCUUUUUAUGAGAAAAGUGCCAUUCUAUAGGGCAUUUGAUCAUCUGAUACGUUUUAAAGAUACUCAGGCAGUCAAAAAAAUAGUAGAUAAUAUGUCGAGUAGCAAUGAUAAAUUAAAUUAUGGACCAAAUUACCGCAAUCAAGCAAUAAAUGUUAUUUCUAAUAUGCUGAAAAAAGGGUUGACAAAUAGAGUGUAUCAAAUUUGUGUGCUGCCAAAAGAGUUUAAUGAAUGGGAAUGUGGAGAAAAGGAUUCUGAUGAUAUUGGAGAAAUUUUUAUUGGAUUGGAAUUAAAUUCAGAGAAUUGCUAUACUGUUGUUGACAAAGGCCCAGAAGCAAAUUUACCAGAAGCAAAAGAAUUUCGAAACUUCUGGGGACAGAGAUCAGAACUGCGUCGAUUUAAAGAUGGAUCUAUCCGGGAAGCUGUAGUUUGGUUCAGAACCAAAACAGCUUCGGGAAAAAGACUGAUAUGUAGGAGAAUUGUAACUUUUCUAUUGACUAAAAAGCUUGGUUUCGAAAGGGAUCAGUUUGUGUACAUUGCGAAUGAAAUGGAAGAUUUUCUAAAACUGAAAAAGGUCCAGGUAACACAUUUCGCUUAUGGCACUGGAGAAGAAGCCACGCUAAGAGUAAUAAAUGCGUUCAAUAGCCUUGAGAAGGAAUUGAUGAAUCUGUCGGAUAUUCCUUUAUCGAUCCACGGAGUCCAAGGAUCUAGUGCAGUUUUUCGAUACACGGAUGUUUUUCCACCAAUAGCGACAAUUAAUCGACCGGAUAAUAAGUUGAUUAAGGAAAGUAAAAAUUCUUUAGUAUUAUCGGAAAACGCAACUGCAGCACCCAGAUACAUUCCUCCACUCGAAGUGUGCCUGCAGUUAUCGACGAGUGGAAAAUGGCCAGAUGAUUUGGAAGCUUUUAGAAAAACGAAGGGCGCUUUUCAUAUACAGAUUGCAGAAUGUCUUCGGAAGCAAUAUGGAUUAGUAGUGAAUGCAAACUACUCGUACAUCGAUGUGUACAAGGAAGGAUAUGUGUUCCGAGUAAGAAUAGCGCACCAAAAGGAAAUUAGUUCUUUAAAGCAACAAAUAACCGAGGAUGGAGUUAAACAGUAUAAAGAUAAUGACGAUUCAAUUGAAUUAGAAAGUAAAUUGUUCGAAUUACCGAAAUUAACUAGCGCUUUACAUGGACUACAUGUUCAACAACCAUCAUUGGGAACAGCUUGUUGUUUAACAAAACGAUGGCUUUCUGCCCAAUUAUUGGACGAUUCUCAUAUACCAGAUAUCGUAGUUGAUUUACUGGUAGCUUCAAUGUACUUAACACCGGCACCGUAUAGACCACCUCAGGUGCCUCAAGUAGCAUUUUUGAGGAUGUUAGAAUCUUUUGCGAGAGGUCACUGGAACACAGAUCCUGUGAUUGUCAAUUUUAACAAUGAAAUGACUAGAGAGGAAAUUAUUGCUGUGGAAACUUUAUUUGGAUCGUCUCGAAAUUCUUUACCACCAUUAUUUAUAUCUACUCCUUAUGAUCAGCAAAGAUCACUAUGGACCAGAAAAGCGCCUACCACUCUGGUUUUAAAUCGUAUUACUGCUUUAGCAAGACAAUCGCUAAAAUUAUUUGAAGAUCAACUGUUUACAAAAGCAUUGUUAGAUGUUAAGCCUUUAUUUAGGCCACCCCUCACAGAAUACGAUUGCUUAAUACAUUUGAAGCCACUUAUGAUUCCUAGAAGAAGGCAGGCAAUUGAUGUUAGUGAAACAUACUCUCUCUUUGAUGUACAUCCAUAUAAGAAGCACUAUGCACAGAAGAUUCCAGUUGUAGAUUUUGAUCCAGUACAAUGUUUCUUAAAGGAACUAAGGAAUGGUUAUGAUGAAUUUGCAUUAUUCUUUUAUGACACCUAUGGUGGUACAGUAAUUGGAGUGUUGUUGAAACCUUCUGCUUUAGAAACUAAUGACUUUAAAGUGUCAAAUAUUAACUGUCGAAUGUGUAAUGAUAAUGGUCAAUUAGUUUUAAAUAUUUCAGCAAUGAUUCAAGACUUCUAUGUACUUGGAAAAGGUCUGAUAGAAGCUAUCGAUGUUCGAUCAAAAAGGUUUUCCUUGACAUAAUAAUUCUUUCAAGAAAUAUUAGGCUACAUGUUACAUUAAUGUAAAUGAAUUGUAAUAUAAAUAUACAAAAAUUACCUUUUUUUUAUUGUACA